AUGAAUGACUGCAUCAUCACCCCCAUAUGCCUAGAUGUAAAGGUAUCAAACCGGGAUCAUUAUGCUGGAGCAAAGGCAACCAUUGACUCAGCCUAUAAAGGGGUCAUAAUAAACAAGACUUGGGUCAGGAAACAUCGCUUCCCCACCUACACGCUCAACAACCCCAUUUGUGUCCGGAAUAUUGAUAAUACCAUUAAUAAAGCAGGUCUCAUCCGAUUUGCCUUGGAUGUGAACCUCACAAUUUGGGACAUCCAUGGACGAACACACAUCGAGCGCGUCCAAAUGUUUAUCUCCAAUCUAGGGAAGGACGACCUUAUCCUAGAAACAGAUUGGCUGAAAUACCAUGAUCCCUCCAUCAAGUGGAGGCAACGUGAAGUGCACUUUGAUUGGUGCCCCCAAAAAUGCCACCAACCACACAGGUUUACUAAGGAAAGGGAAGAACCACAAAACGAUAGGCGGUUACGGAAUGUGGAGCCAUGGCAUAAACCACGGAUCAGAAAACAGGCUACAGGGGAACCGGUCAUUCGGAAACUGGCCCCUGAACCAUCAGGAUUUGCCAGCUUCGACCAAGACUUGGAAGACGAAAUUAUCAUCACCAACCUAAAGGAAAGAGUCCCCAAGGCAUACCACGAAUUUUUGGACAUCUUCAGCAAACGAAAGUCGCAGCGACUCCCGGAAUAUACGUAUUGGGACCACGCCAUUGAUUUGAAACCGACCUUCAAACCUCAAGUACCUAAAAUCUACGCCUUAAACAGCAGCCCCAUUUUCUUCAUAAGAAAGAAAGAUGGAAAACUGCGCCCGGUACAGGACUACCACCAUCUGAAUUCGCACACCAUUCCAAAUGUGUGCCCUCUUCCACUAAUCCAAGAACUAUUGGACGUGAUCAAAGGGGCCACCAUCUUUAGCAAACUAGACAUGUGA